AUGCAGGACUCUUUUGUUGUGGGAAAGGGUGAACUGGUGAAAUUUAGGAUCUUCGCCGCGGACGACGCCCUCUCCUGCCUCAAGCGUCUCCUGCCCAACUUUGUGCAUCACCAGAUCGAGAUGGCCUGUGGCCUGCUGGACACAUGCGGGCGGUUUCUCUACCGUUCACCACAGUCGCAUCUGCGCACCAAGGCCUACCUGGAGGUGAUGCGACGCAAAAAGACCGCCGUCCACAUGGACCAACGCUAUGUCACCAUGAUUGACAACUCCUACUACUACUGCGAUCCGCCGAAGACCAUGUGUCAGUUUGGUGCAAUUGAACUGACACCUUUACAACGCUUCCUGCGCCAUCUUCUGUUUCGGGACCUGGACAAGAAUUCUGUGAAUCGUAUCCUGAAGCUCUUUCGGAAGAUUGAUUGGACCGAUCAGGAAGUAAGUCCACUUCACUUGUUUCUCUCUGUGUGUGUCAAUUCUCGUCUUAUAUGCCUCCCCCCCAUCUUCACUCCUUCACAUUGCACCCGAUAUGAACUACCUAUAAGAGAAUGCGUAACCUUGCGUAUCCCUUCUGUACCUUGA